AUGAAUUAAAUACAAAUAGAUGCAUUAAGUGAACUUACUAUCAAUCUUUUGAAUGUAUCUCAUAUAUCAAUAUUAGACUCUAAGAUUAGAACUUAGACCAGAAUAGAGUACUGUUGAAUCAUUUAGAAACCUCAUAUUAUUAUUUCAAGGAACAGAAGAAUGGGUCUAAAUUAAUAGUGUAUAAUUAUUAACUAUAAAAGACAGCUCCAUGGAGUAGAUUAGUUUAAUAAUUACUUAAACCUAAAAGAUUGAUAAAACUCAUCUAAAAUCAUUACAAUUAUGAUCUCUCAUAAAAUCUAUAUCUCUUAAAUUAUGAAAUAUUAGAUACUUAACCUCAAAAUGAAAUUGAAGAAAUACUCAAUAGAAUUGUUUGUGCUUUAAUUAGUUAUCAUUAUUAAGUCACAAUUCCUGAUCCUCCUUAAGUUAGUUAAGUGAGUAGAAUUACUCAAGAGAAUUAAGAAUCUUCAUUAAUUAUUGCAGAAUAGAUAUAAGUAAAUCAUAUUACAACUAGCUCUUCUAUAUCUACUAUGAUCCCACUCGAAUUUCAAAAUGAAUAAUAUGGAGAAUCAUAAAAUACAACUAGAGCUUAAUUCAUUCUUGAUAAAUUAAAACAUUAAAUUAAUAAUAGUGUAGUAGGACAUUACAAUAAGUUAUUUCAAUAUUGA